GUCUUCUAGAAUCCAAAACCAAAAAAAAUGUAAAUCUUUAAUUGACGGGCAAAGUGUUAGUGUUCAAUGUUGUAGAAAUUAAUAAAAAAAGACAUAACUGAAAGCAAAAGUAGUCUUCCACUAAAGAAAGGACAAUUAUGGUAUUAUUGAAAUUAAAGAAGGAAGAUUGAAGGAAAAAUCAAUCUGGAGUCUUGACUAGGAACAGAACAUUGAUGGAGAUAACUGAUUAAAGAUUAGGGAUUUUUUCUUAGAAUCUAAUGUUUUUUAAAUGAUUUUACUUUGACAGGGAAUAGGACAUGGUUGGCAUUAAUAAGUACCAAGUAGUAUGGUGUUUGAUUUUCCUGCCAAGUAACAAACCACAUACAUUACAAAACAAUAGAAAUCUAGCAGAACUGACAGCUGAGACACCUGUAUUUGAAGGUCUAAAGUUUAAUGGGAUACUGUAUUGAAGAAGAAUGCUUUGCCAUGACCAUCACAAAAAGUCUUUUGAUUUGUGUUGGUAUCAAGAUAUUGAUGUGUAUUAACAAAGUAUUAAAUUCAAGUUCUAAUGAUGCUGGCAUUGAUAGUGAUUGGUUAGACGAGGGGGACAGGAGGUCGGCAUUUGUAGAAACUAAUAAUAGAGUCCGCCCACUGCACCUUGCUUAUGUGGCUGGCUACAAACUGCAAGGUGGUUUUUCAGAUAUUGAAAUGAAACUGGCAAUGGAAAACAUUUUAGUGGAGCCUGAGGUGAAAAUGAAAUGGAUUAAGCAAAUCCCCAAAGGAUUAAGGGAGGAUUUUUUGAAGGCAUGUGAUGAAUUCAUAAAGCCAACGCAGAUACAAAAGGAACUUGAUGAAAGUGGAGGGAAUUUACUCCAUAUUGCUGCACGAUUAGGCAGUGAAAAGUUACUAAGUUUGCUUGUCCCAUGUAAUAGUAGUGAGCUCACUAGUUUGGCUUUUGAAAAAGACUUGCAGGAUUGUACUCCCUUGCACCUUGCAAUCAAGAAUGCACAUAAAGCUGCCGCGAUGCACUUAAUCCAGGUGGCACCUGCGACAGCAUAUUGGGACAGAAAAGGAGGUUCACCCCUGUAUUUGGCCAUUAAGUCGGGGUAUCUGGAUUUAGUAUUGCAAAUCUUCCACCACUUGCCCGGAACUGAUAUUGACUCGUCCACAAGAAAGCAAAUUAUUGAGGCUAAGAAGACCUCAAUUGUAUAUGCAGCCAUAAGAGCUGGGAGCCAUUCUUCUUCAACUAAUGACAUGCUGAGGACUAUAAUGAAGGAAAUACCGCAUUGUAUUGACUCGAUAAAUAAAAAAGGAUGGAGGCCACUAUCCUAUGCUGCAUUUAAAGGAUAUUCAGACGAGGUCAGCUACUUUCUGAACAACUUCCCAGAUUCAGCAUUGAAACCUGAUAUAGAUGGCUCCUUCCCCAUACACAAAGCAGUUUGUGCAGAUCAUCUUGAGAUUAUUAAACAGUUUCUAUCAUUGUGCCCCUUGGCCAUGGAUGUUAUUGACAUAAAAACUGGAGGAAGCAUUCUUCAUUUUGCUGUCAGAUAUAAUAGGAGUGAUAUUUUCUCCUACUUAAGAAAGAAAACGUCAAAAAGAAUACGCAAUUUGAAAGAUCGACAGGGAAAAACUAUCAAGGACUUGGUAAAUGAUCUGCACAAAAGUACUAGAUCAGAGUAAUCUAUUCCCAUCUUUUGUUUUGCCUAAGCUUUUUCUUAUUAUCAAGUAAUCCUUUCAGAGAAGUCUAAAUUUUGCUACUCAUAAUAUUGUUGUUACAUGCUGUAAACUUAUAGGUAGAUAUGCUGUAGUUUGUUCUUUGGUAUUUUAUCUAAAUAUAUAUUAUUAGAUUAAUCAAACGAGACAUGUAAUUUAAUAAAAUAGUUUUAUGUUUUUAACAGCAUAAAAUGAAAAGUUUAGCAUGAACGCAAGAUGUGGUCUUAUAAACUUGAUUAAAAUGCUCCAUAAAAAUCGAGUAGUCAAAAAAAAGUAGAAGCAUAGUAUUCCUUACCAGAAUAAAAGUAUUUUAAAUGCAACUUUUGAAAUAGGAUUGUUUUAACACUCCCGUCAUACCAAUGAAAUUGCUACACCCUUUUUAGUACUUCCUCUUGUUUUUUACAGUUUUUUAUAGAA